CCCGGGCGGUCGCCGCCCGCUCGAGCGCCCGCCCACGCGGCCCGGCCCCCGGCGCCCGCACAUGCUCUCGGCCAACAGGAGGGCCCGCCAGCUCCCCCACAGCCUCCUUCUCGUCGCCAGGAUGGGCGAGUCGGCCUCCAAGAUCGUCAGCCCCCAAGAGGCCCUGCCAGGGCGGAAGGAGCCCACCCUCGUAGCCGCCAAACACCAUGUCAAUGGCAACAGAACAGUCGAACCUUUCCCAGAGGGAACACAGAUGGCUGUAUUUGGAAUGGGCUGUUUCUGGGGAGCUGAAAGGAAAUUCUGGAUCUUGAAAGGAGUGUAUUCAACUCAAGUUGGUUUUGCAGGAGGCUAUACUUCUAAUCCUACUUAUAAAGAAGUCUGCUCAGGGAAAACUGGCCAUGCAGAAGUCGUGCGCGUCGUGUACCAGCCAGAACGCAUCAGCUUUGAGGAACUGCUCAAGGUCUUCUGGGAGAAUCACGACCCGACCCAAGGCAUGCGCCAGGGCAACGACCACGGCACGCAGUACCGCUCAGCCAUCUACGCGACCUCGGCCCAGCAGAUGGAGGUGGCCCUGCGGUCCCGGGACGACUACCAGAAGGUCCUCUCGGAGCACAGCUUCGGCCCCAUCACCACCGACAUCCGGGAGGGACAGACUUUCUUCUAUGCGGAGGACUACCACCAGCAGUACCUGAGCAAGAACCCCGACGGCUACUGCGGCCUCGGCGGCACCGGGGUGUCCUGUCCUCUGGGUACUAAAAAAUGAUGUCUCCCCACGUGCUGGGCCCUGGAGGUUCCUGCAAAAAUGCUUUCAACAAACUGGCGAUGGUUUUGUGAUUUAUAUCAGUGGCUUUUUAGAAAUGCACAAAUAGCAAAAGGCAUUUGCAAGAAUCUGGUUUAUUGAGGUAUAAUUUACAGGAGGUGCAAUGGCAAGUUGAUAAAAUGUAAUUGAUCUUGUGAUAAGUUACGGUGGCGUUGGAGUUGGGAAGUUUUCUGGAUGAUUCGGGGUCUGAAUGAAGACAGCAGACACGCUGUGUUCUCCCCUCCUGGUCUGGGUGCCCACCCUGGCUGAGCCAGGAGAUUGCUGGGCAGGAUGAGGGGUGCUUGGAGACCCUCUGUGCCCUCCUGCCCCCAGUGCCUUAGGAUUUGCAAACCUUUAUAGCCUCAGUGGCUCAUUCACUGUGACGCUUUGCUCUGUGAGCCCUGGACAUGUGUACGGGGCUGUCUGUCCCCUUUCAGCCCCCUCUGUGCAGAGGAAAGAGUUGAGUCAGCUCGAUGAAUUCUAAUGCUUCACUUACAGCUAUGGGAAAUGCUUGUUCUAAUAAAAACCUGCAGCCCGUUGAUACAAA